UGCGACUGCAGGAUGAAAGAUAAUUUAAAAUCAAAAAUCUAUCGCACUGUCAUCCGACCAGUCGCCUUGUAUGGUUGUGAGUGCUGGCUGACUACAGUUGAGACUGAACACCGCCUAAGUGUAAUGGAAACGAAGAUGCUAAGAUGGACAGUGGGCCUCACUAAGUUAGAUCACAUUUCUAAUGACAGCCUUAGGAAACAGUUUGGUGUUGCACUGAUCCAAGACAAUAUGCGUGAGAGUCGUCUUCGAUGGUUUGGGCAUGUUUUACAGGCCAGUGAUUACUCUAUUGCCAAGGCGGGUUACACACUUGAAGUCGUCGGCAGUAGACCCAAAGGACGAUCAAAGCAACGUUGGGCUGAUACAAUUCAUAAAGACCUUAAAUGCGUGAACAUCCACCCAGAUGCAACCUGUGAUAGAGCGAAAUGGAGACAACGGACCCAUGUAGUGGACCCCGAAGGCACAUGGGACAAACGCUGA